UCAGUGGGAGGGGCUUUUCCGGACGUACUAAAAGCGUAUGCGAGCGCUUUUCUCUGUCCUGUACCAAGAAGCACGUGUGACUGAACGGUUUUUACCUGCGCCACUUUCUCAUUGUCAGCUUUACUGUAAAACCAACCUUCAGUCAUGGUCAAGCUUGCUAAGGCAGCUAAAAAACAGGUGCCGCCAAAGAAAAAGGCACCUCCACCUAAGGAAGUGGAAGAAGAAUCCAGUGAAGAGGAAAUGGAGGAUGAAGAAGAGGAGGAGGCACCACCGGUUAAAGCUGUAGCAAAAAAGAAGGCAGCUCCGGCAAAGGCAGUGAAAAAUGGAAAAGCUGCUGCUAAGCAGGAGGUCGAGGAGGAAGAUGAUGAUGAUGAUGACGACGAUGAUGAUGACGAUGACGACGAAUCUGAAGAGGAAGCUCCUCCUCCAAAGAAGAAGGCCACACCUGCUAAAGCAGCUGCCAAGAAAGCAGCACCUGCCAAGAAAGCAGUUCCCGCCAAGAAAGCAGCACCUGCUGAGUCAGAUGACGAUGACGACGACGAUGAUGAUGAUGAGGAGGAGGAGGAAGAGGUGCCACCACCUAAGAAGACGCCUGCCAAAGCCACACCAGCAAAGAAAGCGACUCCUGCAAAGAAAGCACCUGCAAAAGCACCUGUAGAAGAGGAGGACGACGAUGACGAAGACGACGAUGAUGAUGAUGACGAUGAUGAAGAAGAGGAAAUGGACACAACUCCUGUGCCCAAAAAGGCAGGAAUGGUGAAAGCAAAGGAGGAAGAGGAGGAGGAGGAUGAUGAUGAAGAGGAAGAUGAUGAUGAGGAUGAUGAUGACGAUGAAGAAGAAACCCCCAUCACUCCAGGGAAAAGAAAAGCCGAGGACAAAAAAGAUAAGGGAACACCGCCGGCUAAGAAAGUUAAAACCGAUGGCGAAGGUUUCUGUGUCUUCUUGGGCAACUUGAACCCUGCUAAGGACUUUGAUGAAAUUAAGGCUGCAGUUACAAAGUUCUUCUCAAAGGAAGGGCUUGAAAUUCAGGAAGUGCGACUUGGUAGGAACAAGAAGUUUGGCUACGUUGACUUUUCAUCAGAGGAAGAGGUGCAGAAGGCUUUGGAGCUCAAUGGCAAGAAGUUGAUGGGUCUUGCGUUGAAACUCGACAAAACCAGAAGCAAAGAAGACUCCCAGGAAAGCAAAAAAGAGAGAGAUGCACGCACUUUAUUUGUCAAGAACCUGCCGUACAAUGUAACCCAAGAUGAGCUGAAGGAAGUCUUUGACCAGGCUAUUGAUAUCAGAAUACCAAUGAGCAACACGGGUACUGCCAGAGGAAUUGCCUACCUAGAGUUCAAGACAGAAGCGAUCGCUGAGAAGGCAAUGGAGGAGGCGCAAGGGACCGAGGUUCAGGGCCGUUCUAUCAUGGUAGACUUCACAGGAGAAAAGAGUCAGAAGGGCGGCAGAGCCCCUCUUCAAGUAAACAAAGUCCUUGUUGUAAACAACCUAGCGUUCAGUGCUAAUGAAGACGCCCUCCAGAGUGUGUUUGAGAAGGCAGUGUCCAUCAGAAUACCACAGAACAACGGCAGACCGAAGGGAUAUGCGUUUGUAGAGUUUGAUAACGUGGAGGAUGCCAAGGAGGCGCUGGAGAACCACAACAACACAGACAUCGAAGGCAGAAAUAUCAGAUUGGAGUUCAGUCAGAACGACAGAGAGCGAGGAAGUGGCGGCGGAAGAGGAAGCUCGGGACCCACAAAAACACUGUUUGUCAAAGGCCUGUCAGACGACACCACAGAUGAGUCUCUGAAAGAGGCUUUUGAAGGAGCAAUCAACGCCAGAAUCGUCACAGACAGAGAAACCGGAUCAUCAAAAGGAUUUGGCUUCGUAGACUUCGAUAGCGAACAAGACUGCAAGGCAGCCAAAGAAGCCAUGGAUGAUGGAGAGAUCGACGGAAGCAGAGUCACUCUGGACUUCGCUAGGCCCAAGGGCGAAGGCGGCCGAGGAGGUGGCAGAGGCGGCGGCAGAGGUGGUUUCGGAGGACGCGGUGGUGGACGUGGUGGUUUCGGAGGCCGAGGGGGCGGCAGAGGCGGUGGCUUCAGGGGACGAGGAGGAAGAGGCGGCGGCUUCAGAGGAGGAAGAGGCGGUGGACGAGGUGGAUUUGGAGACAGACCACAAGGGACUAAGAUUAAGUUUGACUGAAGUCUGUAACUGAACUGUUUCCAUUUGCUUAAAUCCACUUUGUCAGAGCGUUUCUAGGACAUUCCAGAAAGCAUCAGUAACUGUACAGUGACCCCCGACCCCUCGCUUCCUUUUAACUGUGUGAGUUCUGAAACGUCCCAACCAUCCUGCGUGAUAAUUAAAUGUGAAUGUUGUAAUUAUGCUCUGCUGGUUUAGGUACAUGUUGUACAUGCAACAGUUGGAUGUUUUGUUUUUUGUUUUUUUUCAUUUUGUUACGGUGUGCAUCUCUUCCUCUACCCCACACUUUUUUUCCCAACAAUCCUAAAUUUUAUUUAAUUUUCAAAUUUUCUUUUUAAGUUGGCUGUAGGUGCAAGUUUAAUGUGCAGUACCUUUUUAAUGUGCAAAGCAUAUUGUAACAUAUACAUGGAUUUGACGCCUAUUUAGUAUUUAGAGAUGUAAAUCUAUUUGAAAUAUUUGAAUGGGAUUGAGAUGGUCAAGAAGUGUUGUUAGGCUAGUGUCAAAUUUAUGUUAAGUAAAUUUGGCUUGUGACCGAGGGUUUUGCUCUUUUUCCAGUUCGGAUUUUUCAUAAUGUAAAGAACCAUUUUGAUUAAACAUGGUUUUUAAACUC